AUGUCUUCCUCUGCAGGGGACCACGUAGCCGCUGCCAACUCGAAGGUAACAAGCGCCUUCGAGUCCAUUCGCAGCGCUGUCCUCGCCACCGGAGUAGACACCCGCGUUGAGGUCAACCAACGCGCCCUCAUCGACAAAAUCCUCGCCCGCUACGCCUCCGCGGGCGCCGUCUACCGUGAGCUUCUGCAGAAUUCCAAUGACGCCGAAGCCACCACCGCAGAGAUUCAUUUCACUACGUGCCCCGUCCCAAGUGGAGCCCUAGUCACCGAAGUCGUGUACAAGAACGAUGGCCUCCCCUUUCGCAACCAGGAUUGGGCCCGUAUGCGCAAAAUAGCAGAGGGAAAUCCAGAUGUGUCUAAGGUAGGCGCCUUUGGUGUCGGCGCGUAUACAAUGUUCUCAAUUUGCGAGGAGCCCAUGGUCGUAUCGGGGGGUCAAGCAAUGGCCUUUGCGUGGAAGGGAGAUGCGCUUUGGGUCAAGAUUGGCAAAGCACCGGGUCCUGUGGAUCAAUGGACCAGUUUUGUUCUGCGCAGUAGGGACCCGUAUCCAGUACCGGAUUUAGUCGAAUUCGGCCAGUUCUUGUGCUCAAGUUUGACCUUUACAUCAUGUUUAAACGUCAUUCUGGUUUUUGUGGAUGGGAAGCGGCGAUUAACAAUCUCGAAGCGUCAACUUGAUAAGCCGCGUAUCAUCAAACCUCCAAAAGCUUCCAACUGGUGGAAAGGUGAUGGGGCCGUGACCACCUCUCCGAAGCACGUCUUUACCCUCGGCCGCUCCGAUGGCUCUAUUACAGAGACCCUUGUCGAGAUCAUUGUCAAUUUUGAUGGCGAUUCAAGCGUGAAAAGGGCGCGAUACGUUUCUGCCCUGGCAGACACGAAAGUCCCGUCAGAUAUGGCUCGUCGCAUGCAACGAGUAACGAAGAAACUCGCGCCUUCACAAGUCAAGAUUGAGGUUUUCGUUGAUGCCAAUGAUUCAUCUGAUAACGGGCAGAAAAAGAGCAGAGCUACAAAGAUUACGAGUGCUUUCUCACCUGGCAUGGGUGCGGGGCGCGUCUUUAUCGGGUUUAAGACAUCACAAACAACGGGAUUGGCGGCACACUUGGCCGCUCCUCUGCUCCCUACGGUGGAACGAGAAGCCAUUGAUUUUCAGGAUCCGACAUUGCGAAUAUACAACUGCGAACUACUUGCAAUUGCAGGAAUAGUCUUACGGCUUACAUUGGAACAUUCCAUGAGCUACAUUGGCGAGCAGUAUGCCAAAACGGAGCCAGAGCGACUCGCCUACGAGGCGAGGGAGACGGAGAAGACUUCAGAGAAGGAGCCUGAUUCGCGCACUGGCAUUGAGUCGGCGGGCGAGGGUGAAUCUGCAGGUGGCAAGGUGCUGGAAGAAUCUUCUAAUCCGUUGUUUAGCUUUGCGAAGUUCAUGUCGAGCGGCGUUAAGAAAAUUGCUAAUGCGAUCACAUCGUCAGAUUUGUUAAGCAACGGGGGACAUGAUGUCUUCCAUCCCCCUGACUCGAGACCAUUAUCGAAAGAAGAGAAGGACGCAAUUUCCUUAAUGAGAUCGUUUUCCCCACAACCGUCUACACCAGAUGCUUUGGUUGGUACAGUACUGGCCAACGGUUUCCAAAAUUGCCUCCCAGGAGUUUCUCCUUUGGUAUUGACAAAAAGUGGGAUGGUGAGAGGCCUAGACGCCAGGCUUCCUUAUUACGGUAUCGAAGGUUUUGUGAAGAAGGGAGUUGUUCGCAACAUUGUAUUGAAGAAUGCAGAAAACUAUCUUUUGCACGUUGCAGGAUGCCGAAGUCUGAAUAUGGAUGACCUUGUAAAAUAUUGUAGUUCAAAUCCACUGCACACUCAAGGAAUAGUUCGACUGUUGACGUGGUGGACGAGGUAUUCAAGAGCCGACACGUCUGCUGCGACAUACAGUCUUGUUCUCAAACAAAGUAUCUCAUUUAUGCGAGGACACGCUGACAGCAUCGCCGCCGGCACCGAGACAACCGAAAGAGUGGACGCUACCAUCUCGUUUCGCGACAUUGAGUUUUAUUUGGACAAAACCAUGCUGUCCUCUGACUUGCCUAUGCCACCAUUCGUCCUUCCGAAAGAGCUUUUGGAUGUCGUUCCUGACCGAAUCUUGACCGACAAAUACUUGGUGUCCUGGUUUUCCCCUUUACCAUUUCAAUAUUGGGCCCACUAUGUUGCUACUCAUCCAUGCUUGACAGAUGGAAGGUCUGAGGACAACGACAUCAGAAUGAAAGUGUUAGUGGUGAUGAGCCGUGAGCAUUCAAAGCUCUCUGGGAACCUCCAGAAGGAGUAUGAAAGAGUUCUCCAUCGAGCCUUGUCGCGUAUCCGGUGUGUUCCCGUGGAUGGCCAGCCGGCAUCUUCAUGCCAAACAGACGUCCCGGCCGAUCUUUACUUGAGAUCUGCCGAGCUUGGUAUGUUCCGUGGCUUGGGUACAUUUCAGACCGUAUCGGCCGCCUUGGGCCCCGCAAACGUUUCAGAAGACUUCCUCAUUUGCAUUGGCGUUCGAAAGACAGUGUCUAUUGAUUUUCUGUUUUCUCAGCUGGACCGGCUCAAGUGGAAUCGCAAUCCCAAGCCCCUAAUAACCUUUCUGCGAUCCACAAAUCUAUCAACGAGUGAUUUAGAGAAGCUGAGGUCAACGCAAUACUUGCCCGCAGUGAAUGAUAAAUCGAGAACGUUCGCACCUCCAGAACUGUACUUACCAAAUGAGGCUGUAGGCAAAUUUCCAUUUGUAAAGACGCUGCAGUGGUCUUCGGAGACCCUCCGCGAGGACUCACCGGACGGUGAAUUCUUGGUGAAGCUUGGUUGUAAGGUUGAGGUACCUUUAUCGGAACUGAUGAAGCACUUGAGUGUGAAGGUAUUGGAUGAAAGUGAUCGGAGACAUGGUAUUGACUAUUUAUGCAAGAAGCUUGUCGCAGGUGGGUCGUACACAGCCGAUUACAAGAACUAUCUUGAGCGCAAAUUUUUACCGGCAACAGUCGAGUACCCGUUGCGUGCCAAUAAGAGAACAAUAGAACUCCAUUCCCCAAACAGUUGUUUUUCAAGCGCGGAAUGCAGCUGUCUUGGUUUUCCUAUUUUGGAUUCACAUUUCACAAAAGGCAAGCGGCUGGGUUACGACCGAGUUCUUCGCUGCGCGACAAAGCCGACCUCUAGGGAGCUGGGGACUCAUUUUAUUUCAGUCGUUGGGGAUGCCAUGAGGAUGGCCAAGGAAACAUCGCAGACCGACGAAAUUUUGAAAGCGUUUGAACGUGUGUUUGAAUACUUGUCAACACGGGCCACUGAACUUGAUCGAGAGAUGAUAGAGCAUCUUUCCAAGACACCAUUUAUCCCUCAAGAGACGGGAGACGGCAUGACUUGGUUUCUUCCGAGGGAAAUUUAUUUUUCUGGAGAUGGUGGUGACGGCGAGGAUUUCACUAAUUCCCUGUUCCCCGUCAGGAGAUUCAGUCCAUUUCUGGCUACUAUGGGCGUUAAAUCGCAGCCAUCGACAGAAGAUCUCUUUCGCAUGGUCUUGUCAUCUCCAAAUAGAGUACUGGCAAAACUAGGUAGUUCUAAGUAUCUGGCAUUGCUGCGACGGAUCGCAGCCAACCCCCCGUACCGAGAGGUGACUCCCCAAAUGAAAAAGUCUCCCUUCCUUUUAUCGAUUCAGCUUACCAAGACUUUGGAAACACGCCUUGAUAUUCAAUCUGGUGACUCAGAAACUCAGGAUCGAAAUAAGUUCGUAUUAGCAAAGGCAUGUGACAUUUGUAUCAUUGACAACUCUCGCUAUUCCCGAAUGUUCACACUUCUUGCAGCACCUCAGGAAUCUGAUAUUGAGAUAUUCUAUAAGAGCCUUGGGUCUCCCCGCAUCUCUCAGAAGGUCCGUCAAAAUUUUUGGGCGAACGGUGGACAAAACCCUUCAACUGAGCUCACAAAGAGUUUUUGGGGAAGGAUUUCUGAGAGAAGGCCUUUGCUGGUUUCAAACGUAGUGUCUCAGCCGUUAUCAAAAGAUGCAGUUGUUUUGCUCUCUGAUGAUGUACUGCAGAUUUACGAGGUCUCAAGAAUCAACGCAAAGUAUUGUUAUGGGUCACAGGAGAGCAUUGAGAAGACCACAUGUACAGGAUACGUCGGAGAGGAUGUGACUGGAGCCCCAUCGUCAACAAAACAAGGAGGAGAGAGAAAGUUUUACAUUUUCGUAACUCAAGGGCUUGAUUGGUUUCACGUUGGAAAUGUCAUUGGAAGUCAAAUUCUCCAGAAGUGUGAUGUGCAGGACGCGUUUUUUAUUGGGUCACUUCUUGAAGCACCCCUUGAUCAACUUCGCGCGCGUGGGUUUCCAGUCGAUCGCAUACUUCAUGCUGAAGAUCCAGCUGAAGACCAGCCUGUUAAGGUGGAAGAGUCGUCCACGAAUCCAUCGCUAAAUCCUGAGCCGGAGGCAUCGCCAGAGAGGAAACCUAUCAAGAGUAGAGAGAACCUCCUAUCUGCCAACAAACAGCAAGAACAGCCCCAUUCACAACCUAAGUUGAAUCCUUCUCAGUCAUUUACAUCAGGAGACUCACAGGUGCCCGGGUUGAAAAAGCAGAAGGGAGACCUGUUGAGUCGAGCUGUGAAAGGUUUGCGAGGACUGCCCCGAUCUACAAGAACUCGGUUUAGUGAAAAGACACCUCCGGGAUCCGUAGGUCCAUCACAAGGAGGGGGAAAGCGGAAAGAAGGUUCUCGACCUUCUACAGCCGGACAUGUUGAUGACGCUGCCAAUCAUGAAGGAGUACAAGAGAUGCUUCGACAAUCAGUAGGAUCAACCCGACAUAUAUCAACGAAACAGAAAAAAGUACAUUUCCCGGCGGAUGAGUCCGGAGGCACGAUACCGGAGGCCAUGGGGCAGGCGGGUUUGACCUGCGAUGCAGCGAUUGUCGAAGACUUGGAGUUGUUCACAGGACCAAGCGAUGCGUCAAGGACACCAGCCACAAUGACUGUGUUUUCAACGCUAGGUUCGGAGGUAUCCAAAACAUUUCUGGCGACGAACUGGAGCGCAGUAAAGAGCUUCAUGGUUGUCCUUUCGAGGUUAUGUGAGGUUUACUCUCUACGUCUGGACACCGUGGCUAUCUAUCAUGCACCCCUCGGUCCGACUGUGGCCUUCAAUUCAGCAAAGCGCUUGUUCUUCAACAUUCGGUACUUUGUGAAUCUGCACUAUCGGACCAAGAAGAGCUAUCGUCUCGAGUGUUACGCGUUCUGGUGGAGCGUUAUGGCACACGAACUCUCUCACAACCUUAUCAGUGAACACAACCGAGAACAUGGCUUCUUCACGGAGAGAUAUACUCAGACGUACUUAGGACCCUUAAUUUCGACUCUGAAACGGAAGGGUGAUGUAGCUGGGUUGUAG